AUGAGCUCGCCUGGUGGUAGUCUGAAGAAGGAUGCACCGAGCGCACCUCGCGGAUGGAGUCGUAGGAGAGGAGCUAGAGGUAGGUUUACCUUUAGCACUCUAAACUCCAGACAGUCCACUCCGCAGUCGACUCGUGUCUCUCCGGUUCAACCGCGUGGUACAGCUAGUUCACGUCCCCAAUCCUCAAGCCCGCAGGGCCAAAGAGGAGCUAGAGGUUCUUCACCGUUCAAGGAUCCUCUACUUAACACGUCGUGGGCGCAGCAAGUGCAAGCUGAAGCGGCAAGACUUACUGCAGAAGCUUCCAAAAAAGAGAAGAAGGAACAGAAGAAGCAAGAGUCGGAAAGUUCAUCGGGAGUAGAAAAACAAAGUGUCGAGAAGGAAAAGAAGAAGCCACAAGAGGAAGAGAUGGACACAUCCGAGGUAGUUCAGGAAGGAAGCGCUCUACAGCACGACGUCAACCCAAGCGAUUGGGAGCCCAGCACAGCUAAUACAGGUGAAACCAAUAAGCCCACCACUCAGCUUGAGAUCACUUGCGAUCAGAUGGCCACCGCAGGGGCUAGUAUGAUGAAGAAAAAGGAAGAGAAGGAGAAGGCUCUUCAGAGGAAGAAGGAGAGGAUGGAAGCCGUAGUCCACUUUUUAGAAGAGUACUCUAGGAGGAGGCCACUCUACACCGAACCCGGCGGACCCCUUAGAGUCAAUCCAGCACCCACGUCACUCAUGAAGAAACCGAACGUGACACCUCAUAGUACAAUCAACGUAGAACCGUACACCGUCGAGGAACUGACGGCCCAUCAGUUUCGCACAGUGUUCGACUACAUCACGACGAACAACAUUCUGAGGGAUCGAAUCCGCGGCAUCAGAAUACCGGACAGGGAGACAACACCAGCCCGUCCCUCAGACUAUAAGGCAGUUGCGAGGAUAGUUCAUGUACUUCAAACUCUACUGGAGAUCGUGCAGCACACCACCCAGUCGUUCCAUAACCUCGCGGUCAUCUUGGUGAGACAUCAACCAUUCGAGAUUCGCUACACUCACCUCAUGGGAUGGAUUCACGAGUUGACCCACAGCAUCACGUCUAUCACCGUCAAUCGAGAUCAGCUCCAGGAGAUCAUGUUGCCGAGGCUCUUUCAGUGGUCCCAAGAUCUGGACUACUUUAGAGCCACACUCCAACUUUUCGGCAUAACGGAGGAGACGUUCACCGAGGUACUCCAGCAUAGUUCACCCGUUACAGCUCACGCCACUCGCAUGAUAAGAGUGAUGGAAGCACACCAGAUGGUCCACUUCCUCAAUCGAAGAAGAGUGAGAGUCACCCAAGAGGAUGAGCAGUACAGGCUUGAUUCGCGGGUGCAGAUGCCACCCCCUUGGCCAGAAGAACCAGAGUCGUACAUCCAAACUCUUCGCUGA